AUGUCGCCAAAUCCUAAAGAAAAAGAGGCUAUUCUACGUAUCAUUGACUCCAUUGACGCUCGUGACGACGACUACUGUGCUCAUGAAUUCAACGUGUAUCGAUGGCUUGUGGCGUAUGGAAACGACGAGGAGGAGGCAGCCAAGGCUCUGAAACGUCAUCUGAAUAUUCGUAAAACGAUCGACUUGAAUUCUUUUGUUGAUAAAGUGGAGUUAGAAGAAGACGAGUUGAAUAAAUAUGUACCAAUUGAUGUGAUCGGACAGAAUCAUCCCGAUGAUAACAAAGUUUUGAUGUUCGAAAGAACCGGAAAGAUUGAUAUAAGUGGAUUGGUGGACAAUGUAUUGAUGCACAAAUUCAUGCAAAUCAAGCUGAAGAUGAUGGAGAGUGUCCAUCAAAAAGUGGUAGCAGCCGAAAGGAAGACUGGACGUCAAAGUGGUGGAUUGUUUGUGAUGGAUUUGGAUGGAAUCUCUUUCAGCCCAAAAUUAAUUUCUGUUCUCACUGGACCUUAUCGUAUCAUGUGGGGAACACUUUUCGAUCACUAUCCUCAACUUCUUCAAAAAAUUAUCAUUGUGAAUGCACCAUCUUUUGUGAAUGUGCUCCAUCAAGCAUGCUCUCCAUUCCUACCGGAUGACUAUAAAGAGAAGAUUGUCAUCACUUCCGAAUCAGCAAUUGAUGCUAUUCAGAAGCACGUGGAUAAGAGUUUUCUUCCAUCUGAUCUCGGAGGAGAGCUGCCAAGAAAAACGUCGCUUCCGCCUGCUCCAUUCCCAAAAACUAAUAAAAAGGAGGAAAAAGAGAAAGUCGAUUUAGUGGCGAUUAGUGUUCCUGCUGGGAAGUAUGUGAUUCAGAAAUUCGAAUGGAAACAGGGAAAUGAGAUUGAAUUCUUCUUGAAUAAUGAAAGCUCCUUCCAUUAUUUCAUGUUCCAUUCUGAAGAUGAUACGAGAGAUAUGGAAACAUGGCGAGAGAUGACAGUUGGAUGUGAAAGACCUGCUCUUUCACAAGUUGACUCAUGGAAAUAUACCGUACCAUUAGAUGGAUACUACUUCAUCCGGUACGGAAACCACAAUUCAUGGUAUUUCUCAACCACAGUCAACACUAAUCACUUUAUUUACAAUGAAAAUGGCGAGAGAAUCGCAUUGACUCCGAUCGAGACAUUCAAUAUUUAA